AUGUCUAAAAAACAAAGAAGCAAAAUCAAUAUUGAACAGAAUAACAAAAGUGUUGCAGCAAAUAUUGAGAGAAUAGCGGAGAUAAAGCAGUUGUUUAAGAAGGGUAUUGUAAAAUGGAUUGAGA